UAAUUCCGAGGAGGAUCGGCCGCGGGAUCGAUUGGAGGGGCUCAACACUAUCCAUUUUGGUCCGGAGUGCGACAAUUGGAUCCUGUUGCCCCUCAUCCCCGCAUUGUGAGUAUGGGAUAUGAGAUACUAUGCAAGGUACCCUAUAGAAGUGAAUAGGUAUAUAGAACUGCGUUUAUAUGUGCUAGUAUAUUAUGCCGAUGUCGCCCCUAUUCCAAUGGAAUUAUAUAUUUACAGCUCCUUUGAAUAUCUCUUAACUACUCGAGAUAACUACUAGUAUACCUACUGCUAUAUAAAAGAGACAUCUUUUACUGCUGUCAACCUUAAGAAAAAUAAGAUUGUCUGCUAAAGGGGUUUCUAAGCUCCUUCAUUAUGUCGCCAACAUACCCCCCUAACAAUCUUCGCGCGCACUCGCGCUUCAUCACCACACAUGACGCCUCCGGGAAAGCAGUAUUCAGCGACGCCGUACCAGAACAGGCGCCCGUCCGCCAGGUCCUAGGCGGGGACAUGUUAUUCAGCCUCAUGUACACGACAGAAGGCUUCCCCGUGUCAAUGGCCGGCAGCAAAGACAUAAAGACGUACCAAGACUACUUGGCCAACACGCCAGCCAUCAGUAUCCCGGGGGGAACCGCGUGUCGGACGGUGGACUUUCCGCCCGACUACACGUCGCCGAUGCACCGCACCCCGUCUUGCGACUUCGGCGUCGUGUUGGAGGGCGAAGUCGAGCUGGUGCUGGACUCGGGUGAGACUAGGCUGUUGAAGAGAGGGGAUGUGGCCGUGCAGCGCGGGACGAAUCACGCGUGGCAUAAUACUAGUAAGGACAGUUGGGCUAGGAUGUUGUAUGUGCUGCAGUCGGCUGAGAAGGUGGUUGCGGGAGGGAAGACGUUGGAGGAGGAUGAGGGAGGAAUUGACUAAGUUAUUUAAAUUUGAUCAUAUAUACAAACCAGAGGCGUUUGGCUCAAUCCUAAGCUAUCAUCCACGAAAGAACACUCAAGACUUUAGAUCAAGCAAUAACAAUACACAAUACCCCUUUAUGAAGCAUCC